CGGGUGAGGACGCGUUGCCCGGGAGACGGCGCCAAGCUGCGCACCGCGAGCUCCGGCUCCCAGCCCCAGCUCCCCGCGCGCCGCCCGCCUGGCCUUCCGCGCGUCGGGCGGGCUCCCAACUCGGGUCCGGGGAUCCGCACCCGCCUCCCCGCGCCCGCCGGGCUCCCCGCACGCGGCUCCCAGCGCACAGCCCGCCUCGCCUUCCCUGCGCCGCUGCCGGCUCCCCGCACCCGCCUGCUCACGCCUCGCCGCUCCUCGCGCGCUGCUCCCGGUUCUCCUCGCGCGCGGCUCUUCCCGCGGUGUCCCGGGAGGCUCCUGUGCGGGCGCCGCGGGCUCCAGCCGGCAUGAGCGGGGACGGCGGGGGCGCCUCCGGUUCCUCCUCCAGCUCCUCCUGCCGCUCCAGGCUCCUCACCGCGACCCGCGACGCCGCUGUCGGCGCCUGCCGGCCCGCACCGGAGGAAACGUAUGAUCAUCUUUUGGAAGUCCCGGACACUCGGGAGCAAUUAAACCACUAUCGGAAUGUGGCCGAAAAUGCUCGAAGUGAACUUGCAGCAACUUUGGUCAAAUUUGAAUGUGUUCAGACUGAGCUUCAAGACCUCAGAUCCAAGAUGCAUUCUAAGGAAGUUUCCUGUCAAGAGUUGAAAGCUGAAAUGGAGAGCUAUAAAGAAAACAAUGCCAGAAAAUCAUCUCUCCUCACCUCUUUGAGAGACAGGGUUCUGGAGCUAGAAGAAGAAUCAGCAGCACUUUCCUCAGCUAAGAUGAGAGCAGAAAUCACAGCUCACACUGUAAUCAAGGAGAACCAGGAGUUGAAGAAGAAAGUUAUAGAAUUGGAAGAGAAAGUACAAAAGUGCUUAAAGGAAAACGAGGAGAAUAAGAACCAAGUCUCAAGGAACUGCAGGAAACAGGAGGAAUUUCUAGCUCAACUUCGUGGCAGCUUGGAUCUGGACAAGGAUGAAAAGGCAUUGGAUGAAGAUUUAAUUUUAAAGCUGAGAGAGGUGUGCAAGGAAAAUGCAUUCAUGAAAGGACAUAUUAUUACUCUUGAAGAGACUAUAAAUGUCCAUGAGAUGGAGGCAAAAGCUAGCAGAGAAACAAUCAUGAGGCUGGUUUCAGAAGUAAACAGAGAGCAGAAAAAAGCUGCUUCCUGCCUUGAAGAGAAGGACAAGCUGAACCAGGCCUUGCUCACGGCUGUGGAGGCAAAAGAAACUCUUGAGAGGGAAGUUAAGCUCUUCCAAGAAAGGCUGCUUGCCGGCCAGAGGGUCUGGGAUGCUCAGAAGCAAGAGCUGAGCUGCCUGAAGAAAAGCUUUUCUGAGCUGGAGCGGAAUCAGAAAGACAGUCUGCAGGAAGCUGUGGCCUCACAAAGCCAGUACGCCUCCUUUAGGGAGAAGAUCGCAGACCUGCUUAGGGGAAGCCUGAGCAUGACCAGGUCCACAGAGGACAGCAUUUUGGAGAAGAUUCGAGAAAUGGGCAGCCAGGAAGAGAGCAGGAAAAGGAUGGUCUCUCAGCUUGAAGCCCAAAUAUCUAAUCUUGUUGAACAGUUGGGGGAUGAGACUGGGUUGCACCAGAAAACUCUUCAGAGGGCCCAGAAAGCAGAAAACAAGUUGGAGACUCUUCAGGAUCAACUGACUCACCUGGAGGGGGAGCUGGUCUCUGGAGAUGUCUUGAGAGACAACUUGAAUUUUGAGAAGCAGAAAUAUCUGAAGUUUCUGGAUCAGCUUUCAGAGAAAAUGAAAUUGGACCAGAUGGCUGCUGAACUUGGCUUCGACAUGCGUCUGGACGUGGUUUUAGCUCGUGCGGAGCAGCUGGUCCGCCUUGAGAGCAGAGCACUCAUUGAAAACAAGUCCAUUGCCUACAAUUUACAGAGAAAGCUGAAGACUCAGAAAGAAAGACUGGAGAGCAAAGAACUGCACAUGAACCUCCUCCGCCAGAAGAUAGCCCAGCUGGAGGAGGAGAAGCAGACGCGCACGGCCUUGGCCAUGGAGAGGGAUGAGGCCAGUCUCACCGUCAGAAAGCUGCAGAAGAAAGUGGAGAGGCUGCAGAAGGAGCUGAGCGUGUGUCGAGAAUUGAACACUGAGCUCAAAGCCAAACUUGCCGACACCAGUGAACUUAAGAUUAAAACUCUGGAGCAGUCCAAAGCCAUUGAAGAUCUAAAUAAAUCCAGAGACAAACUGGAGAAGAUGAAGGAGAAAGCUGAGAAAAAGCUAAUCUCUGUCAAGUCAGAACUGGAUACAACAGAACAUGAGGCCAAGGAGGAUAAAGAGAGGGCUAGGAGCAUGAUAGAAGUGGUAACAAGUGAAAUAAAGACUCUAAAGAAGUCUCUGGAAGAAGCAGAAAAGAGAGAAAAGCUGCUGGCGGACUUCCGGGAGGUAGUUUCCCAGAUGCUGGGCUUGAACGUGACAAGUCUUGCUCUUCCUGACUACGAAAUCAUCAAAUGUCUUGAAAAACUGAUACAUUCACAUCAGCAUCAUUUUGUGCCCUGUGCCUGCCUCAAAGACACGACUCUGGGGAGAGACAGGCACCCACAGGACCAGUUAAAGCCUCUUCAUUGAACAUGGCCAUGUCUUUUGAGGGGCUGGAGCUAAGAGAUGGGACACAACUCACAAUUUCAAAAAUGCCCCAUACCUUUGAAAUUUAAUCACUGUGUGAAUGCUGUCUACUUCGAUGAUAUAGUGAGAAUCCAGCAUUGGCAAAAAAGAAUUUCAGAGGUGCCAGCCUUAUGUAGAUAGCACUGAAAACACCUGCUUUUUCAUUUGCUAGCACUUUGUGCCCAGGGAACUCCAGACUGUAUAGAUUGUAUAUCUUGAUUGGGACGUGGGGUUAGGGAACUAACAUUUAUGGGGUACCCCUUGCACAUCAGAGGCUUUACUACCCAGUUUAUUAAUUCUCAUAACGACCAUGUGGAAGAAGCUUUAAUAUUUUAAUUUUACAUGCUACAAAGUUUGUACAGAGGCUCAGAGUGGGUAUUACCCACUAAAGACUGCAGUUGGCUGGUGAUAGAACCGGACUGGGCAACCCAUCUGCUCUGGAUAAAAGGCCAUGCUUUUUCUGCUUCUCCGCAUUCCUUCAGUUUCUCCAGAACCCCUGUGAUUGUGGUAAAAAUUGCUUACAUAAAAGGAGGAAAACACUCAGACAAUCAGGAAUGUUAGUCCAAAAGUGACUGAGAUUUAUGAUUUCUUUAGAAAGCAAUAUGCCUAAUUUGUUCCAGUAGAACAUACACAGGUCUGAGGUCAUAUAAGAACUUACCUGUUUUAAACAUUGCUACCUGAUUGCAUCCAGUGUUAAUUUUUCAUGCAUAAACAGGGCUGACCUACCUUCAGAAAUGAAACCUUGAAUGCUAUAAAUGUAGGAACCCUACAGAGUUUUGUUCACCAAUGCAUCAAAUGCACUCACAGCAAAGGAACUUUUUUCCAGAGCCGGAUUUGAUUAUGAAUCUUUUGCCUUCCUUUUUAAUUUCAAUUUUGCAAAUAUUUUUCAGGAAACCCCAUUCUUAACUUCGCUGAGGAGGAUGUGUUACUAUUGUGGGUAACCUAUCUUAUUUCUGCCACAUGCACUGUAUUUUUUUUAUUGUCCCUGAAAGAAGCAAUGGUGUCUAAUUAAAGAAGAGGGAAACGAGAUCAGUUGCACCCAAACAUUAAGAGAAAAGGAAAAAUCGCAAAGCAAGGAAAUGAGUUUGACACAUACAGGUGGUUAACAGACCACACAGAGGGAAGGCCACUGAGGUUGGCUCAGGGGUGGCGUCUCUGCCUGCCUCCUUCUCCAUGUGCAAGGACAACGUGAGGUCACAUUUUGCAAGUGAGUAAACACACCUGGUGGAGUGAGGCUGGGAGCUAGAGCUGGCCAGUGGCAGGAGAGGCAGCCUCUGGUUUUCUCAGCAGGAGGCCUGCUGUCCCCAGAGGCCCCUCCCAUGCUCUGCUCCACGAAGCAGUGGCUGCUGCACCCAGCCCAGGCUAACUAACCUGGAGGGGAAGAAGGAAGUGAUUCACCCUUUGGGUCUCUGCAGCCUCACUGAGCUAGGAGACACUUUGCGCUGCCCUAGAAUAAAUGCAG